GCCCUGCAUAUAAAGACCUGAGGUGGAGGGAGACCCCUCUAUACAGAGAGUGUUUCACCCCAGCAUGAGCAGCAGCAGGGGACAGAGAGUGUGGAGUUAAAACAUGCCCAACCUAAUCAUCACAGAAACACUGACACAAACACAGCACUUCAAUAUGGAGCAGGACGACAGGAGGAGGAACAAGAACUUGUGAGUGUAGCUUAUAGCUUUUUUAUACUCUCGACAGCUGGCAAUUUUGGAAAAUGUAUUGUGGAGCUUUUGUAUAUUUUGUAAAUAUUAGGCCAUAUAUUCAAUGUACUCUCAUAAUACUAUGGAUUUGUCAUAUACUUUCUAAAUACUAAAUAUUUUGUAUAGUUUUGUCAUACAAUGCUUGUAACAUAUGUAUUAGCGUCAUACUACAUACUAUAGGCCACACAUUGUAUAUAAACACUGCAUAUGUUAUACUAAACCUGUGAAUACCUUCUACCUAGAUACUAUAUACUGAGAUGUCCAUAUACAGCAAUGGAAUAAGUUGUUUUAUGAGACGAUCAUGACCGCUCUUUUUUUCUCUCCAUAGAGGAAAGAACUUUAUGUGCCGACUGCAAUGCAUGUUCUCACAUUCAUCCACCUCUGAGAGGUAAGGAUUCUUACCCUUCCUUACACUGUUACUCUGUGUUGAUCCUAAUUGUUGUUGUUAUUAUUAUUAUUAUAUUAUUUUAAAUAUAUAUAUAUAUUUUACAUAUAUAUAUAUACAUAUAUGUAUAUAUAUAUAUAUAUAUAUAUAUAUAUAUAUAUAUAUAUAUAUAUAUUACAUAUAUUUUAUUGUUCAAAAUCAAAUACCAUGUGUGUUGUAGCAUCCAUUGGUGGUAGUGGGUGGGAAUCCAAAUUAAACUUCAGAAAGCAGGCACGCACACACGCACAUAGGCAAGCACACGGUGCAACACACUUGAUAACUGUGCGGUAUAAUUGUUUCCAAAUUAUGUUGGUUCUAUGUGCCCUUUUGCCAUACCAGUUUUAUUUUUACCCAGAUUUGAAUUCUAGUUGAGUAAUCACCACACAUUUUCUUCCCAGCAGGCUAAGUUUAGAAGAUACCCAACAAUGGUCUCAGUCACUGGAGAGACUCCUCGAGUCUAAAUGUAAGUUUCACUUUAUCAGACGAUCAAAAUAGUUCAUGAUAAGUAGCUAAAUUAGAUAAAAUAUCUAACUGAAAACAGCAAGAUAGAAAUGUGGAACAAAAACAGCACGUGUUUCCAGGCUUGGGGCUGUAUCAUUGUUUCAUGCUUUGGUGUGUUUUUAUUCUUCCCCACAGAUGGACUGGCCACCUUCAGAACCUUUCUGAAGUCUGAAUUCAGCGAUGAGAACAUUGAGUUCUGGCUGACGUGUGAGGAGUACAAGAAAAUCAAGUCUUCAUUCAGAAUGUCAUCGAAGGCAAAGAAAAUAUAUGAGCAUUUCAUAAAGGCUGAGGCUCCUAAAGAGGUAAGACUGAUAUAAUACAGUAUGUAUUACAGUACAUGGCUACAUGCUAGAGAUUUAAAUAGCUGCAGUGACAUUUCUACAGAAAGCAACACUGCAUUUGAACUCUCUGUAACAUCAUUAAUGUUUCAAUGUAUUUCAUCAAUAUCAUCUGGUUACUAAACCCCCCUCAAAUCUUUAUUUACAGACAUGCUAUAUGAAAUGCAUCUGUACUUUCUAAAUCUAAAUGAAUCUUGCUCUUGUUCCAGAUAAACAUUGACUACCACACAAGGGAGCAGAUCAAGAGGGCCGUGAAGAAUCCUACACUCCAGUGCUUUGACGAUGCCCAGAAGAUUGUCUAUGGGCUGAUGGAGAGAGACUCGUACCCUCGCUUCCUGCGCUCAGACAUUUACCGAUCCCUCCUGGAGUCCCUCGCCACUGACGCCGUCAAGGGCUGAUAGGAGCGGAUUAGACAACACGAGAACAUGAAAACAGUAACUGGAAUGUUUGGGCUUCUACAGGAUGGAAGGCUGACCAAGCACAGAGAGACUGACAGGCCUUUGUCCCUACAAACCAUGGUCCCCACAAUGAAGGACCACACCCUGAAACACUGCAAGUGGGAUUCGCCAAGAGAAAAAGAAGGACAGAAGGAAAGGUAGAGAGGAUAUGAGGAACGCUACAGCACUGUGAUUGCACUGGAUGCUGCUGUCCUUUCUGUGACUCUGGAAGUGAUGUCAUAUCAUAGGUGAUGUGUGUGUGUGUGCGCAACAGGAUGCCUAUGAUACUGUGAUAAGACAUGAGAUGCAAGGUGGACUUUCACUAGCAACACUAACCUAUGUGGUCUGGAGUGAAACGAAGGAGAGAGCGCGCAUACAAUGGAUACCAGCCCAAAAUAAUAUACUGUACUUAAUAAUAUUCACAUUUCGUCUCUAAAUUCAAUCCAGUUUUUUGAAAGGCGGUUGGAUCUUUAGAUUUGCAAAGCAGUUAAAGACUUCUUACACUGUCUAUCAUUGAAGAAUGACCUAUUUAGAAGUAGAGGUUAAGUUGUGUGAGUGCAAUUGUAGAGAGAAGAGUAGCCUAUGUCCCACUUUGUAUAUUGAACUUUGAACUCCUACUUCUCUGAUGCAGAAUAUUUUUUGAUUGCUUACAGAGCAAGCACAAUACAAUGUUGAUAAAUUAAGAUUAGAAUUUUGUACUAUUUAUUACACACAGUCACUGUUUGGAUUCUGACUUUUGCAAUGCUUGUAAAAAUGUUCACGAUUAGAUAGGAUGACAUUAAAUUAUU